UUAUGAUGGCGGAGUUUCAUUAGUUAGUAAAUUGUUUGUGAAAACAAACACACCGUAGAGAUUUUUUCCCUUUUGAACUUUUUUUUUUAAUAUUAUUGGGAGGAGACAACCGCAAGAAGAAGAAGAAGAAGGCGAGUGUGAUAGCGGAGAGGUGACUAUUGAAGAAGAGGGGGAUUCAAAUCCAAACCGCAGAUCGGAAACAACACCAACACGAUGUCCUUCCCGUUCCAUCGUCGAUCUCAAUCGGAGGUUCAUUUCCGAAUCCCCGACGACUUCGACCUCGAAAUGGAUCCCUUCGACUUCGACGCCUCUCCGCUCCAUUUCCAAGAUCCACCUCCACACGAUGACCUCCUUUCUUCUUACAUUGAUUCCGACAAUUCCGGAUCCAAACUCCUUUCUCCCUCCGCCAAAUCUGGCAAUGCAGAUGACACUACCAACACCGGCAGGCCUGCUCACCGCCGAAGCAAUUCCGCCGAUACCUCUUCUUCUUUAUUAUCGGAAGGAAUCGAAUCUAAGAAAGCCAUGUCCCCUGAUAAACUCGCUCAAUUGUGGACCGUUGAUCCCAAACGAGCCAAGAGGAUUUUGGCUAAUCGUCAAUCUGCUGCGCGUUCGAAAGAGAGGAAAGCUUGUUACGUUGUUGAGCUUGAAAGAAAAAUUCACACUCUUCAAACUGAAGCAACAACUCUUUCUGCUCAAUUAAAUCUUUUUCAGAGGGAUACAAGUGGUCUGUCUACUGAAAAUACUGAGUUGAAGCUUCGGUUACAAGCUAUGGAGCAACAAGCUAAGUUAUGUGAUGCUCUAAAUGAAGCAUUAAAGAACGAAGUUGAUAGGCUCAAGAUGGCUACUGGAGAGAUGACAACUCAUGCUGAAACCUAUGGUUUGGGAAUGCAUCAAUUUUCAUAUUCUCAAGCUCCGUCCUUCCAGCACCAGCCGCAACAUGGGCCAAACGAACUUCGGGCUAUGCAAAUGCAGCAGUUUCAUUCACACUCAUCUAACAUAUCCACUCCCCACCAGCCUCAGUUUGAUCUGCCCACUUCAUAUGAUUUAUCAGAAAUGUUGUCAAGUGAUUCUAUCGGCCAGUUUCAGGGGUUGGACAUUGGACACCGGGUUUCUCAUGUUCUAAUGCCUGACGGUCCCUCCAUUUCUGUUAACAAAACCCACAAUGCCUUUUGAUGCGAAUUUGACUAACAUGUCACCACCCUGUUUAUUGGGUUGUUCAUAGAUUGACAUGAGUGAGACCCAAAGGUAUUGAUUUUUUUGUUUUCCUAUUCAAUUCUUUAUUUGAUUGAGGGUGUAUGUGGAUUAGCUUAUCUUAAAAAAAGUACUUAUUUCACCAGUUUUUGAAAAAAAAUAAUUUCCCCAAAAGUAAAUUGAAACAAACAUCUUCAAGGAGUUUUUUUUCCCUCUAAUUUUCUUUUAUGGAGAUUGAAAAUUUUCAAGGUAUAUGAUCCAUUCUGGUCAUUUUUGCACAAUAUUUUAUUAAUGUGAUUUUUUUUUUCUUAAGAGCUUUUCAUCAAUAUUUCUGUACCUAAUGGCACCUUCAAUACAAUAACAUUUCUCAUUCUGCGUACUCAUUUUUAACGAUUGGCAGUUGGCACAAACUAGCUGGUCUUCGUGCCAGUUCUGAUUUCUUCCUUGUUGCACAAAAGAACCAUUUGUCAUUAAUUUCAGUUGCUGUAGGCUGUAGUUCAUACAUGUGGAUAUGGCAUGCCAUGGACAUACCAUUAUGUUUUUUUAAUACAAAAGGUAGACGCGCUUUGCUGUUUAACUCUCUUGUCAAUUUUGAAGAAGAAGCCGUUACUAUGGCAAGCACUUCAUGCAUUGUCCUCGUUUGUCCCAUCUUUUAUCCUUUCUAUUGUCAUUUUCCUUCUCUUCUCUUUUCAUUUUAAUUUGCAUCUUGUCUGGCAAUUCCUGUGUUACAUUACUAGAUGAGAUUGCAGGGAAGAGUUGCAUUGCAUAGCGUUAGAUUAAUUCAAAGCCAAAAGCACAUCAGCAGAACAAGGAAAGAAUAGCAUGAUAUAUUUCUCUCAUCUAGGAAAAAUAGUGAAAAAGUAGUAUAUGUUUUACCUUACGAUUUCAGACAGGUGGUAUUAUUAUCUGUAUUUUGAAAGAAAAAUAGUGAAAAAUAUGCCUGAUAGCUGAUACAACACUUUUUGUAGAUAUAUAUUGGUAAGAUUGAGAGUUAAUUAUGGAUAGAGUAGAGUUCUUAAGUAAUGGUUCAACCUUUGUAAGUCAAAGGGAAAAAGAAAGGGUGAUGUUUGUUGUAGAACCGUAGAUGACGAUUAGCAAAAAAAUGCACUCCAUUUUAUUUUUUAACACAUUAUUUAUCACCAAAUAAGAAGCAAUAUUUCCAUGGUC